AUGGAUCAAGUUCCGUGGGUAGCAGCGGCGCUCAACCUUCUCAGCCAAGGCCGUACGAACGUCGUGAGGGCGAAUCUAGCGGCCCGUUUGGUUGAUCCUCGAGGGUCGCUUCAAGCGUCCGAACAGAAGAGCCAGGAUAGAACGUUCAGUGGUCGCAAAGGCUUCUCAUCUCCAGUCUUCGUUUUUCUUUUGCCGUCCCGUGAUCUACCAGCGUCAGGCUACCUCUGGAAUGAUACUCUGACCGUGGAGUGCACGAUCACGGUGCUCAAGGACAUGCCGGUGCCGAUGGUCCCGGUGAGCCAGGUGCUGCCCAUGCCAUCCUCUAACUUGCACCAGCACCUCGCUGAGCUCCUGCGUGCCGGGACUGGAGCGGAUGUCACAUUCGUCGUGGCCGUUUCUAUCUAA